UUUGAUAGGAAGAGAGAGAGCUCUCUCAUUCCGGGGCGGCCGAACAUUCUAUCCAUCAACACGUGGGACAUUGUCCCCAAAAUCCUCAUCGCAAAACGUCUUAAAACAUAUACAUCUUUAUUUAUUAUUCCCCCUCGUUUUGUUUCCCCCCUUCCGCUCGAUUCCUAUAGGAGGUUAUGGGCGGGACUGAAACGCAGGAGUACAAUCCCGGGCUCUUCCUCUUGGAUGAUGAUGGUGAUGAUACCUCUACCUCUCCAUCUGCACCUGCUCCGACAGGAUCCAACCAACCAGAUCUCCUCAUCCUGAACCAACCCAUCGCGAGCGUCGACCUGCUCAGCAGGCUCUGGGCGCGCUCGCGAUACCGCAUCUGCGCCGACGGCGGCGCGAAUAGACUGUACGACCUUUUUUCUGGGGGAGGACCGCUGCUGGAAGCGAGGAGGGCUGAGUUUAUACCGACUUGCGUCCAUGGGGAUUUUGAUUCAUUGAGAGAGGAUGUUAAGAGCUAUUACAUUGCCCAGGGGGCAGAGGUGGAGAGGGACCCGGGACAGUUGACCACCGAUUUCGGCAAAGUGAUGCUGAAGAUCAAGUCGCUGCAUCGUGCGCCGUCCUCCUCGCCGCGAGAGGUGCUGGUGUUGAGUUCGCUGGGCGGCAGGGUCGACCAGGGAAUCGGCCUGCUGCACGAGAUGCUGCGGGAGGAGACGCAGGAUCCGCAUGUGCGGUUCACGCUGGUGACCGAGACCAACAUCACGGUGAUCGUGAGGGCGGGGAGGAGCGUCGUCCGCGGGAUGAAGAGGCAUGGGUUGUUCAAGAAGCAUAGCGGGAUUCUGCCCAUUUACGGUCCCGCGGUCGUCACGACGUCUGGGUUCGAGUGGGACGUUAAGGACUGGCCGACACGCAUGGGGGACCAGGUCAGUACGAAUAAUCAUACGGUGGAUGAUGAUAUCUAUGUGCAGACGACUGCACCGGUGUUGUUUACCGUUGAGCGGGAACCGUUGGCUUAGCGUGGGAAGGGUUUAUGUACAAGAGCUAUCAAACGACAGAAUACAGUAUCUACUUCGAUGCAGAUGGAGGUACAUGAUCCAUGUACUGUAUGGAUGGAUGUACAAACCCUUGUUUGGUGGUGGUGAAGAGGAGAGCAUGUCUGCAUAUCAUUUCCUCAAGCCGUUCCGUCUCGAACGGGAUCUACCCUUCUGCACUGCUCGUCACCUCGGGAAGGGCAGAAAUACAAGUAACUUGCUAUCAGGUAUAUUAAAUCAGGCGAGCAACGGGAGGGGAAACCAAGAGGGCUAUGCUACGAUAGGGAAGAGAAUAAAUGUACCAAUCAAAGAGCCAGGGAAUUAGGUAUCCUUGUUGGCCGCCUAUAACCAACGAACGGGUGCGACACAUUUCAGAUUCGUGGGCCUUG